AAGCAGUGUGUGUGUAACGGCAGCAUGUUCCUGACUCUGAUGGGAUGGACCGUGGUGACCCUCAGCCUCUGUCGGCCUGUGUGGACCGCAUCGAAGGUGAUCCAGCCGUACAGAGUGACGAGCAUCAGCGGCACAGCUCAGGUCCAGUGCUUCAUCACGCCCCAGCCCUUCUACCUGCAGCAGACCCAACCCUCCGACUCCUCUGGCCCUGUGGAGGUCCGUGUGACUCUGCUCAGAGGCCUCCACGGCUCCCAGGGCCUCUGCUCCACCACGCUCAACUUCACCGAGCCCAGAGAGACAAGUGUGGAGGAGGUGGGGGAGGUGCAGUGUUCUGCUGAGGUGAGAGGGGGCGCCGUGCAGGUGACCGUGUCAGGACUGAAAGCCGCAGACACAGAUCUGUAUCGCUGUCAGAUCCAGGUCCUCUACCCUCCUCCUUACCUGCGGCUCACUGGAAAUGGGACCCUCAUCCAUGUCCCAGACAACUGUGACGCUCCCAUGCAGGAGAUGGUCCAGCAGAGUGAUGAAGAGGAGGGUGAGGAGGGGGAGAAGGAGAAGGAACCAGUCAGCGCCCCCGUGGUGGUCCUGGUGAUUCUGGUCAUGUUCGUCCUCAUCAUCAUCAUCUACCUACAGACUCUCCAGUGUGAACGAAGGAAGAAGGACAGUGUUGUUCCUGCGUCGGCUGCUGGAAGCUGCUGAAAACAAGCAGCGUGUCUGCCAGGAGCUUUAGAGAUAAUGGAUUAAUGGUUAACGGAUCGAGUGAGAGUCCGUGUCGAAGGAUCACCUCUUUGUUCUCAUUGAGGUUCCACAUGUGGACGUCGGUGCAGGAGUUAUUUAU